GAAGAGUGGCGUCUCUGUUAAACUUUCUUUUAUUACUGCCACAACUGUUCCGUUGUGCUUUGUUACGGGUUGAUACAAACGGAAACAUCCAGGAUCCAGACAGGGAGCUGCGGAACGACAAUGUGUAUCGUUCUGUGCUCGGAACGAUUUAGUAGCCGCGUAUCCGUUUUCGUAUAGUGCAGUAGAAUCUAAAAGCCAAUGGCAAUAUUGCUUGCUGUCAGGCGAGCCUCGGAUAUUAUACUUUCGGGAGCAAGCCAGUUAAGCAAACGCGCAAUGUCAGCAACAACGACCGAGUUCACGACACUCAAGGUGUAUAAACCGGCGCCAUUUGUCUAUAAUGUAGAGCUGAACCGGCCGGAGAAGAGGAACGCCAUGAAUAGUGCGAUGUGGACCGACAUACCGAAGUGUUUUGCCUUGAUAAACACCGAUCCCGAUUGCCGAGUCGUCAUAUUCUCAGGCUCUGGAGCGAUGUUUACCGCUGGACUCGACCUUACAGAGCAGGCCGCGGUCUUGGCGGGAUUUGGCGCGUAUGGUGACGACGCUUCUAGAAAAUUCGUCAAAGUUCGUAAUCUUAUUCAACGCUACCAGUAUACUGUCACGUCAAUAGAGAAGUGCGCGAAGCCCGUAAUUGCAGCUAUUCAUGGCGGAUGCAUUGGUGCGGGCAACAGCCUUAUCGCAUCAUGCGAUAUCAGGUAUUGUACCGAAGACGCAUGGUUUACGAUUCGUGAAAUCGAUGUGGGCCUGUGCGCCGACGUUGGUGUGCUUCAACGCUUGCCGAAAAUUGUGGGCAACGGAUCUUUGAUUAGCGAAUGGGCAUUAACCGGUAGGAGAAUUGACUCAAAGGAAGCUCGGCAAGAAGGUCUCGUGUCGAAGGUCGUCAAAGACAAGGAUGAGCUUAUGAAAGUGUCACUCGAACUCGCGAACACCAUCGCUGCGAAAUCACCGGUUGCCGUACAGGGAACGAAGGUAAAUUUGGUUUAUUCGCGCAGCUAUCCCGUCGAUCAGGCAUUGGAAUUCAUGGCCACGUGGAACGCAUGUCAUCUGCAGUCUGAGGACGUGGCGACCGCUGCCACUGCAUUAAUUUCAAAGGAUUCUGAGCAACCUGUCUUUGCUAAACUUUAAAUUGAACAAUUUAUGCUCACAAAGAAUAGACCAGACAUAAUUCAGCGGUAUACGUGUUUGUCAUUAUCGUUAUAAUGAUAUUUAUCCAAUUUGCUACUCCUACCAAGGUGCUUUUAGUGGGUUUAUACAGAGCCCCCGUGCAAUUAUGACUAGUAUUAUUCUUCAUCACGAUAAACAGGCGUUGGUCUAAAUUUUACAUGAUGCGAGCAAGAUGAUGUUGCGUUAUGAUGGUCUUAUUAGAGUGCAUGAAGUCGUCUC